GGAAAACUCGCGGACAGUAAGAUUGUUCUCCACUCCGCUUCUGGUGAAAUGUUUUAUCCCAUCACCUGGGCGACCCAUCGUGUGCUUAUCGCGCAAAGCCCCGUUCUCGAGGCCAUUCUCAAUCGCCAGGAAGUCUUGGAGCAGAAGCUUACCAUUGAACUGGUCGCUGGAAAGAAAUACUCCCUGCCACGUGCCUUUGAGUGUGCCUUCCAAGCCUACUACGGUCUUCCAAUGGUCGACCACCAAGACAUCAAAGCACUCACUCGCAGGGCCCUCGGCUGGGAAGGCGCCCCUGAAGGUCAAGGCUCCGACGAAGCUCUGGGAGCUCAGCUUGACUUUAUGAUUUGCUAUAUGACUGCGGGAGCUUUCAUGAACUGUGACGAAUUGGUGGCAGCAGGGUUCAGAAUGAUCGAGCGCGAAAUUAGCUUGAUUAAUCUCGAGACAGCCAUUCACUUUGGCACGCAUCCAGAAGACUACAUAAUCACUCACGAACCAGCCGACGAGCGCAAGACUACCAAAAAGGGCGCAAAGGGCAAGGCCCGCAAGAAGAGUAACGUCGAGCUGCCAGUUGUGCCCGAGAACAUGAACGAGGAGGUGAUCGAGAGGCAGGCGCCUGCAAUUGCCUCAUUAGCAAUCGAAUCCGCCGCUGGCUGCAUUGGGCCUGACUUUGUGUUUGACCGCACUGCCUGGGUGAAGGUCAUGCAAGACCGCAUCCCUCACUAUCUACGCACUGGCAUGCUGGCGUCUAACCCAAGCUUGGCUGGGGUUCACUUUGGCGUUCACCCGCAGCCCAGUCGUGAGUCAUCUAUCCUCUCCGCAGUCCUGCUCGCCAUCCCCUUUCGCUAUCUGCAAGAGGUAUUCCAAUAUCUACGCAGCGAUGGCCUUCUCACCUUGAAGCUCGUCAAGGAGGUCCUCCAGGAACGCGAGAUUCGUCGUCUAGACGCCCUCCAGGAAUACCACCGCCGACACCCGAAGAAGAAGGACUUGCCGGCGACGCAUGCCACUCUCGGGUAUCGUGAGUUUGCUGUUCAUUUCCAGAUUCGCGACAUGUUGGAUGAGGUUUUCCACGACGUUACCGUGCACCGUGAGUGGGCGGGUUAUGAGGAUGUUGGUCAGGGA